GAAGCAAGCAGUCAAAGUGGCAUUACGUCACGAAAGUGUGGACUCUAGAGGAAGACCACGAGGGUUUUUGGGCUGCGAUUUGGGACAGGGCCGAUAUCUGCUGUACAUCAGACUCUGAAGAAGAAGCAAGCAGGAGGAAUUACUCCAGGAGAAACUACUGACAUACUUUUGGAAAGAUGGAGUUUGAGGAAGAACCCUGCAGAAUGAGAGAUGAAGAUCCAGAGGAACAAACAGAUAAAGCUGGAAACACUAUUUCUCAGACCAAAAAGAAUUUCACGCAAAAACGAGCUGAAAAAACUGGAGUCAAAGAUUCUAUCACCUGCUCCGAGUGUGGAAAAAGCUACUCGCAAAAAUACGAACUUAAAAAACACAUGAGAAUUCACACCCGAGAGAAUCUGUUCACAUGCUCUCAGUGUGGAAAGGAUUUUGUUGACAAAAAAGGCUUGACCAGACACCUAAUGGUUCACACUAGAGAAAAACCGUUCAAAUGCACUCAGUGUGUGAAGUGUUUCAGAGACCGAAGCGCUCUCAAAGAUCAUCUGGAUGCUCACGCUGGAGUGAGAUCAUUCAGCUGUGAUCGGUGUGAUAAAACAUUUGUCUUGGCAUCACACCUUAAAACACACCUUAAAGAAGUUCAUGCUGGUCUGAAGCCUCACAUUUGUUCUCUUUGUGGAAAGAGUUUUGCACGACUGCACGCAUUAAAAGAGCACCAGAAUAUUCACACUGGUAUGAAACCUUACAUAUGUGACUGUGGGAAGAGCUUUACUGCACGAAGUAAUUUAAUAGAACACCGGAAGAUUCACACUGGAGAGAAACCUCACAAAUGCUCACACUGUGGAAAGAGUUUCUUUUUCUCAAAGGCCUUGAAAGAUCAUGAGAGAGUUCACACUGGAGAAAAGCCGCACCAGUGCUCUUUAUGUGGGAAGAGUUUCGCUCACUACCCCAAUCUGUUAGUUCACAAGAAAAAGCCUUGCCCACCGGUGUUUAAGUGAGAGAAACAUUUGUGUAACUGGCAAAAUCAGUCCAUUAUAUAUUCACACAACUUAACUAUAUAUAUAUAUAUAUACAUAAGUGAU